AUGAACAACGCUUUCCAGAACGGUACCCGUGUCUUCUUCUGGGAUGCUUCGGGUAAUGUGAAGUACGGCACCGUAAAAUCUACUAGCCGUCUAGGAGAUGGAACCCAGAUUGCUGUCAUUAAAGUGGAUGGUAGUGGGGAAGAAGUCCAGCUACCCGUCUCAACCGUGUCAAAAGUACAAUGAAGACGUUUACUAAUUUCUCUCCAGCCCAUACCCCACGGACUACUUAGACGCAUUGCAAUAGAAUCCCGACCGUAGACUUGACGGACUUAUUGGACUUUCAGCCGUG